AUGAGAAGGAAGUGGCCUGCCGCUGAGGAUGUGCACGUGGACUUGACUUUGAUAUUCCUGGACGUUUUGGAGAGCAUGCUGCUGCCUGUAUGUACUGGCUCAUCCAGGGUGUCCUCAUUCCGUCAGCUCCCAUCCUCCCUGGAGAAUAUGCUAAAUGCAAGUAUUGUGUGGCUGAACCAUUUAAUAAGUUCAGGAACAGAAUCAUUUGAUACUGAUGUUCAGAAACUUUUGGCAUUUGACAAAGAGGUGAUGGAAAGAAUAAGGUCUCUCAAAAGUAACUGGAUAAGUGAGGAAUCAGGAAAUCUUUUGAGAUUCAUGGAAUUAACAUUUCCUGGCAUGAAUCCCAAGCUGCCAGAAUUAUGGCUCUAUGGCAUUUCAAAAGAAGAAAGAGCUAAGUUGGAUGUCUUACGCAUACUUCUAAAUUUUCCUUUUCCAGAAAAUGAGAAGAUUCUUAGUAAAGGGUUUGAUUUUGCCCAGUUGUUCCAUUCGGAUUGGCCCGAUGCAGCAGCCACGAGUGUGGGUCUUACACGUUUGAGUGAGGCUGUGCUCCACAGUCUCUGGGAAUCUGGUUUUCUGGGACGGGCACAGGUCUCAGAAGCCCUGGACGAGGUCUCUGUGAUGAAGAACGUGUCUGAUCUGUUCGCAGCUCUUCCUGAAACCCAGAAACAGGAAGUUGACAAGGUUUUGACUCACAUAAUCAAUGUCUUCAAGAACAAGGAUUCAGCUUUACUCCUGCAAAUUUAUUCUUCAUUUUAUCAAUCCAUUUAUGAAUUUCUGAGCAUUCAGAACAGAGAAUCUUUACUAACUUUCCUUGUACAAACCUCAAAACACCUCUUGGAUAUUGUAAAGCAGUUUAAUUUUCAAAACAUCAGCAAGGCAUUUGCGUUUCUAUCUGAGGCAGUAGGGGUUCUUGAAGGAAUUUCUGAUGUAUCUUUAUGUCAAAAACUGCUUUCAAUUUUUAACUUCCUGGAGCUUGAAGCUGAAUCGCUGAAGUUGACAGAGGGCCAUGAAUUGAAGGUGAUCCAUGCUACCCUGACAGGCCUCAGGCAGCUGCUCAUGGUGGAUGAAGAUGUUCGCAAUUCUUUGUUUCAAUAUAUGAGCCGGUUCUUCAAUGGGUCACUACAGUCUUUGUUGGGUGAUGAGUGCCUUCUCUUGGAGGAUAAACACAUUUCCUCCUCAAAUGAUUCCAUAGGCAAAGGGUCUCCACUUUUUCUCCCAUGGUCACAGAGUUUUUUGGAGCUCUCAGCCAAAGGUGGUGAAUUGAGUGAGUUUAUGGCUAUUCACUGUACUGUGUCGUGGCUUCAGAUGUGGGCUGACAUCUGGGGAAGCUUAUCUGAAAUACAGAAGCUUGACACACAUGUCUUCACGUCCCUCCAUGUUGGUCUCACUCAGCUUUUGGAUGAGUUGGAAAAGGACAUGAAAAUUUCUAAAAGCUGCCAGGGACUGUUCCCCACCUGCCAUGCUGCUAGACUUAUAUUAAGUUUGUUGAAGAAUGUAAGUGAAGCAGGUGAUGGCCAUGAUUGGUAUGCCUUCUGGGACCUCGAGCAUCUCUGGGUGGCAUUAGGUGAUGUGCUAGUAAUAGCAAAAUCACUUUCCUUGGAUCGAGUGGAGAGGUCCCUUGUCACCAUGGAAACCGCACUGCACCAGCUGAGGUCAUUUCCAUCCAGCACAAAGCUCUGGCAUCCUCUGCUUGGAGCUCCCAGUGUCAGAAAUGCCUCAGAAGCGACGGGUAGAAACUUAGAUCCUGUAAGCUGUUUUACUUCAAAUAACCUCACACAUUACGGGGCAAGCUUGGAAAGCAUCAUCCCUGAGCUAAGAGAAACAAUACUGUUUCUUACAAAUGUGUCACACGACCCCAUUCUGUUUUCUUGUGCUGAUGUUUUAAAAGCUGCUGCUAAGUUGAUCUUAGAUGGUUUACUACACAAAAACACUUCACAGAGGACCUUGCACAUUCUGGCCUCGUUAAAUUCUACAUUUUCUUCUGAGACUACCAUUGGCAGACUGCAAGGAUGCAUGGCAUGGGUAGGCGACCUAAACCACCUGUUCCCGAGGAAUAGUUCAAGCUUCUCACCACGCCGUCCUCACAGAAUUUGGGGGAGUUUCAGAGAGAUGAAAGACAAGAUGGACUCCACCCUGCACAUUGCGAUGUGGGUGCUAAAGAAACCACUUUGUUCAUUGAAUGGUCCAAAUACAAGUUGUUUAAACAUUUACUUGAAAGAUGUAGCUGAUUUUCUAAAUAUUAUACUUGCUACAGUCUUGGAAAAAGAGAGGAUUCCCAAAUUUGAGAUUAUGUUAGCUUUCCUAAAUGAUUCCACAAACCAAGUAAGAAUGAUUAUCAGAAACACGACAAUAGAUUGUAAACACUUUGCUGGAUUAACUCUGAGACCCCUGGGAAUGUCAGAUGGAAUUCUUACCCAGUUUCAAAAUAUUUGGCUGCAUUUAAUGGCACUGGGGAAGGACAGUCAGAAACUUGUGAAAGAUAUUCCUUCCAACUUCCAUGAAAAUAACUCCUCUCCUAAAUCUGAGAAGGUGUUUAGAACGUUUGCCACCAGUCCAGAGGAAAGGGAUGUUAAGAGCUUAGAACAGUCCAUUUAUCGCUUAGUCCAGUACCUUGUCCUCAGCCGGGCUCACAGCCUGCGAAAUUCACCAAGAGCAGUUCCACAUGAAAUGUUAGAAGCUGUGGGUCUUGGCGUUCAGCUGGUGAAGGAUGUGUUUGGCUCCUUGGUACCUGCUGUGCAAAAUAAUAUCCUACAGAAUACACUCCAUGUUGAAGUUUGGGGGAAAGUUGCUUCUCUCGUACGUUCUCUCAGGAAAGCAGACAUAGACCUUGCCGCAGGCCAGCUUGAACAAAUUGAUGUAAACCUUGUGACUUUCUUUCAGAAUGUCAGUAGGUUAGUAUCUGGCGGUUCAGGGCUUGACUUGCUUGUGGGCCUGGUGGAGACGUUUGUAGGGAAUUCCCAUUCUGUUAAUCAUGUGCUGUGGCUGCCGCGCUUGCUCCCUAAAGAUGAGGUGAACCUGAUGGUGGGUGUGUGCUAUGCCAUUCGGCACGCAGUCAGGCUCCUGCAGGACAUUGCUGGACAAAACCUCCCAGAAGCCCUCAAGGAUGUCCACGAUUUCACACUGCUGCACGGCAUAAGCGUUUGGAACAUCACCAAGACAGACUUGGCUGCUGUGAUAACAGCUCUUUCAGACAUAAUUGAAUUUGCGUCAGAAAAGCCAAGAGCUAUUUCAGAGGCUUUAACAUGCCUGCCUGUGCUUUGGUGCUGGAAUCACACAACUUCUGGAUUCCAGCAGAACCCUGUGUUGGAGGCCUGUGCCCGUCUUGGGCUCAGGUCUUCCUCCUUUUAUAGCAAAGUAGUCCGUGUACUUGACCGCCUCCAGCUGUCUUCCCAGGAUAAGGUAUCACAGUGUGCAAAUGAAAGCUCCCAGGUGGAGAUAAGUAGGAAACUGGUCUGUGUAGUUCAUCAGUUCAUGGACUGGAAUUCCAUUCUUCUGGAGCUAGCAGAAGGCUUCCAUGUUCAUAUUCCACUGUUAAAAACCAUGCAAGAAUUUGGGCAUACGGUGCUACCAUUUUUUCUACCUCAUGGAAAUCGAAGUAAUGACCCCAUCUCUGAACUUUGUCCUGGUGAUCCCAUAAAACAAGUUGCUUUGCAAAUCACAGAAAAAUUAAAAAGUGUUCACUUUGAAAAACUUACUUCUUACUUCAGGUCAAAGCAAGUUAGCUAG